AUGAGCAGCAGGCAAUAUUCUUCCUACCGUAAUGGUCGAGGCAGUUCUCGUCGACAAGAGUACGAUGAAGAUUACGGCAUGGCUAACCCAACUUACUCUGCAGAACAAGAGACGACUAACCGCAUUGUGUCUAUUCUGUAUCAACUGGGUGACAAGGGCGAUAUCAAACGUAGUUUGGAGCUGGCUACUCCUAUUCUCGAAAAGGAAUUUUACAAUCACAAAGCUCAAUUUCUUGAAGCCUUUCGAAUCUGUUUGAUUAGAGUUCCGCAUAAAAUCGGUAUCUACGCAACAGUUACUGGACUACUAAAUGUUCGAAAUUUUGAAACUGCAAAGGAGAUUGUGCUGUUUGUUUCAGCUGCUCUCAACACUGCUUUUAUGGAGGUUCAUUUUAGAAGUGUUAAGCUUAUAGUUCGGUAUUUUGCCGAGUGUGUCAAUUCCAACGUACUGCUUCCAGAGAAAUUUGUGUCGCUGCUGAGCGAUUUGUUUUCAGUGACCACUGAACCAAAAGUCCGCCAAGAACGUUCAGAUGCAUUCCUAUUUGUUGUGCUUUCAACCAUUCCAUUUGUUGCUGCACGAUUAAACGAUCGUGCUCCUGAUCAAUUGAACAUGAUUUUCAAUGGCAUAGAUGCGCGCUUUCUUACUCGUGCACUCCAUAGGUCAGAAACUGGUUUAGUCGAAACGUUUGACGCACUGGCCAUGUACUCGACCAAAAAACUUGAUCUUUUAUGGCUACAAGUCCAAAAUUUAAAAUCCGAUAACUGGAAGGUCCCAAUUCUCAACAAAGUACAUGAAUACUUUGAAGAUAUUCUAAGUCAGGGUCUUCAACACGAUAUCCCAGCUGUUUCCAUUCCAUCUACAUUAACUAGCAUCAAGUUCAACUAUCAGCCCAAGAUCUGGGUGUUUGAUGACUCUCUUGCUAUUGGCGAGACCAGAUGGGCUCAUCUGCCGCCUACAAAUAACAUUUGUAGAUUUAUUUUGGAUGAUGCCAUUACAGACCUUAUUUGCAUCUUCUCACUAAACCACAAAGAAUGCUCACUGCUGCUUCUCCACCUUGAUGUUCAUCUCAACAAAUCCUAUCUUUCUAAAUACGAGUACUCUUUUAUCGAAUCCGUCAUUGAAUGUCUUUUUACCGAAUUGCUUCGCUUUCCAAAAAGUCAAGAGCGUAUUGUUUAUUACGAAACGCUGAUUGUAGAUCUAUGCAAGGAUGCCUUGGAUAAAGUGCCUAUAGUGUUUGGAAGAGUGAUCAAAACCUUGUUCAUGAGACUAGAUUCUGAAAAAACAAUCACAGAUGGAAUGGAUGUAGAAGGUGUAAGAAGACUUGCCGAACUGUUUGCCCACCAUCUAAGCAACUUUGGGUUUCAAUGGAACUGGCAAGCCUGGGAUUUUGUGUUGCAAAAAGACCCACUAUCUGCCCAGUUUGUUUUUGUUCGGGAAACUCUAGAGCAUUGUGUGCGUCUUUCUUACUACGAUCGAAUCAAAAAUGUGAUUCCGGAAAACUUUGAAAAACAUGGUUUGAUUUUUCCUCAAAGCGCACCAUCUUUCGACUACAAAUACGAGACAGCUGAAAAGUGCGGAGAUGAAGGGCUUUUCCUGUUAGCCGAUCUGCUCAACAAGAGCAUCUCUGUGCGAGCUGACGCUGCUACAGUUGAGCAGAUUCUUGUCAAGGUAGAAAAAUACGCUUCUGGCCAGACUGUUGAGGUGGAAGGGAAAUCCAUUACACCAGGCAUGACUACCGGGUUUUCCGAAAAUGCAGCUCGAGAGAUGCUUAUCACUUGUGUGAUGCUUCAAGGUAGCAAAAGUUUUAGUCAUAUUUUGAACGUCAUUGAAAGGUAUCUACCUCUCCUUCAAAAAUGCAACGAAACAAUGGAAGAUCGCGCGCAUACGCUACAUGUUACAGCAGAAUUUUGGAAAGAUAAUACCCAAUUUACUGAAAUUGUUAUUGACAAGCUCACCAACUAUCGUAUCAUCGAUCCACAAACUGUCAUUCUGUGGAUGUUUCGACCCGAAUUUCUUGAUACGCAGUAUAGUCGGUUUUACAUGUGGGGAAUUUUGCGCAACACAUUGAUCAAAGUCAAUUUAAAGGCAGAACAGAUCUCACGCAAACUGGAGGAUGCUAAAUCCAAUGCUACAAGUUUCUCGGAGAUAUCUGGGGAUGGGAUUCAAGCACUUGAGAAUGCCAUGGAGGCAUCGUUGCGAGAGAAAAAAGAAACCUUUGUAAUGGUAUUUCAAAAAUAUGUUGAAUUAACAAGCAGUAAGAUUCGAAAUUGUGCUGCUGAAGGUACUGAUGCGACCAGCACAUCAUGGUGGAGAUGGGUGGUUGGAUUUUUCCGUGAAGUCUCUCGAGCAUUCAAGGAAGAUGUUGAGCAAAUCAAAAACACUGUAGAUGUAUUGAUCUUUACUCCUGAUCUGGAUCCAAAUGUUGUCAAGCUCUGGAACGAGUUCAAAAACUUGUCAGACAUUCAUAGCGAUUACUUGGCAUAG